GCCAAACAGGCCAGCCCGAGGGUCCACUAUCGUUUACUAUAUCCGGGUAACCGACGUGUGGGUGAUGGGCUGAGACUCCGGCAAGAGAUCACGACUGACCCCCCGGAAAAUUUCUUCUACUCCGUUCAGUUGCGAGUAGCGACAGUUGUUUCAGAAAGACUCACCACCGCAACUCCGCAAGUAAAGGAGGAGAUUCAGCAAUGCUCGCUCAGUCCCUUCAAUUCCUCCCUUGCUGGAAUGCGGCAACCUCGUGUCACCGUCGGGCAACUUCUUUUCCCACCCUGAGGUGCCGAGAGAGACGCCGCAGAAACAAAUUUCUGGAUGUCGCUGCCACCGCUACCAUGGCGACUCAGAGCGGCAGCGUUCAAGUGCAGCCAGGCUCGCCGGAAAUGGUUGCUCCGUAUUCGCAUUCCGAGCCGCGCCGCCUCAUUUUGCUUCGCCACGCGCAGAGUUCAUGGGAUAACCGCUCCCUCAAAGAUUAUGAUCGGCCUUUGAGCCAAUCCGGAAAACUUGAUGCCGCUAAAGUUUCUCAUGAGCUAAGGAAAUUGGGAUGGAUUCCAGGGCUCAUUUUAUGUAGUGAUGCAGCUAGAACUAGAGAAACUCUGAAAAUUAUGCAGGAGCAGGUGCGGGAAUUUCUUGAAACAGAGGUGCAUUUCCUUUCAAGUUUUUAUUUUGUUGCAGCCAUGGAUGGGCAGACGAGUGAACAUCUUCGACAGGCAAUCUGUAAAUACUCUGCUGACAAUGUACUUACAGUAAUGUGUAUGGGGCACAAUAAGGGGUGGGAGGAGGCUGCUUCCAUGUUUUCAGGGGCUCUUAUAGAGCUGAAGACUUGUAAUGCUGCUUUACUUGAAGCUACCGGGAAGUCAUGGAAGGAGGCAUUUUCCUUGGCUGGAUUUGGUGGGUGGAAACUCCAUGGCAUAGUGAAGCCAGGUACUGCUAUAUAGUUCUAUAAUGCACAACAAGAUCUCAAGGGAAUAAGAGCAUAAAGAAUUGUUACGUGUUUGUGUGUGCGCAUGAUCUGAUACAAGAAGUCAAGCUGAGAAGAAAAUUUUAUAAUGAGUUGAGCUUUUGCUUUGUAGAUAACAUCUAGAGUGCUGUGUUUUUUAUUUGUUUAUACAAUAUCGGUCGAGUACU